CCCAAUGAUGGUGUCGUUAAGGGAAAAAACAAACGGAGGUCACAUAUGUGGAGGAAUCCUUAUUGCUCCGCGAGCAGUCCUAACCGCGGCCCAUUGUGUUAGGCGAUGUUUGAAAGAAGCUCCGUCAAUAUGCGCUCAACAAUACUCUGUAAUGCUAGGGGAUAUUAACCGCAACGUCAAGGACUCAUCCCCGACCACUCGUCAGAUCAUUAGAUUGCGAACGAUAAUACUUCAUAAGAAUUUCACGACUGCUACGCUACAGAAUGAUAUCGCGUACAUAGAGUUGAUUCACGAUGCCAAAUUUUCACGAAAUGUUGAUAUUGCCGCAUUGGCCCCGCAACGUCCAGACGUUGGUCAACAAUGCGUUGUGACAGGAUGGGGUGCAACAGAAGAAGGUAAAUCAUCGAUGGUUCUGCUUGUGACACUGGUGCAUAUAAUAAAUGACGAGGCGACUUAUCCGGUUGUAAUGACUCUUGUCAAGGCGAUUCCGGAGGCCCGUUGAUCUGCGGAGCAAAAGAAAUAGCUGGAAUUGUGUCCUUUGGAAUUGGUUGUGCACUGGAAGAGUACGCCUCUGCUUAUACAGAUGUACGGGCAUACAUGGGCUGGAUUACAGAACGUUUAGCCAGAUCCCAAACUAGUAUAAAGUUGCA